GCAAAACGCGUCGCCAUGGGAACCGAUCAGGAGUCGAGACGGGACGGAGUCGCGAGAGCGGGACGCCUUGCGCGCGAUUCGCACGAGCGCGUGGGCUGACGAUUCCUCCUCCGGUUCCCCCCCCCCCCCUGCCGGAGCCGCAGCCGCAGCGCCGCCGGACAUGGCCGAGGACAGCGAGUGGGUCCUGGAGAGCAUCGCCGGCUACCUGGGCAGCCCCGAGUGGGUCAUCCCCGUCACAGACUUCAUGGAGAACAAAUGUACAGUGUUUGACGACGAAGAUGAGAACAAGCUGACCUACACUGAGAUCCACCAGCAGUACAAGGAACUGGUAGAGCAGCUUCUGGAAAACUACAUGCAGGAGGUCGGAAUCAAUGAACAGCAGUUUUUGGAAGCGUGUUCCUCCCCCUUUGCCAAAUCCAAGGCUCUCCAGACCGUGUUCCAGCCGGUGCUGGCGACCGAUGACUUCCAGAUGUUCCGCUCUCUGAUGGUGCAGAAGAACGUAGAGCUCCAGCUGCAGGCACUGCGAGUCAUUAAAGAGAGGAACGGUGCACUUCCUGACUGUCUCACAGAUGGAGCAGACAUGAUGAGUGAGCUGGAGCAGCAGGAGAUGAGGAUCCUGCAGGAGGUGCUCAGGAGGUCAAAGGAGGAGUAUGACCAGGAGUUGGCGCGCAGGAUGCUGUUGUCGGAGGAGAUGAUGGGCUCCACAUCCAGCAGCAGCUCUGAUCAAGUGCCGCUGGACAGAAUGGAGAAGCGGCACAGUCCCUCGGCCCAGCAGACAGACGACAGGAGCAAGGUGCAGCAGGCAGAGGCUCCGUCGGACAGAGGCAGGUCCAGUGCGGUGGCCAGAACACAGUCCCAGGGUCCCGCUGUCUCUGGUGGAGCCUCAACGAUGAGCGGCACACCAGGGAAGGAGGUGAAGAAAGAAGCGAAUGCCUGUAGAACUUCAGAGACACCUGGGAAGAGCCAGACCAAGUCAAGUCCGAGCAGCACAUCCAAGGUGCCCCCAGAUCUUCCUACAGUCAGGACCCCAGUGAAGGGCAAGGAGCUCCCGCAACCGCCAGGGGACAAGGCCAAGGAGAACAGCGGCAAUCAAGCAGCCAAGGCGUGGCUAGAGGAGGCGCGCAAAGAGGCUGGCAUUUCCAGACCGUUUGCGGAGCUGUCGGCAGCCCAGCAGGAGCAGCUCCAGCAGAGGGCGCAAUACCUCCGGCAGCAGAGGGACAAGCUGCAAGCCCUGAAGAAGGAGCAGCAGAGGCCCAAAACAGCUGCAACUGAGGAGCUGCAGGAGGCUGCCACCAGCGCCGCCACCAGCUUACCGGAGGCCAUUCCCAGGAGGGACAUUAGCAGAAACACUGUGCAGGAUGAGAGAGGCAGUGUCUUGCCUGCAGCAAGUUCACCCCAGAAGAAGGUGACCGUGUUUGUGAACUGUCCACAGAAGAAAGGAAGAAAAUGGAGAAAAGGAAACAUUUGGCUGAAAAACUGAAAGAGGAGGUGAUCAAGAAGUGAAGCACAUGCCAUUGUCUCUUCCUGCACACAGUCAUUUAGCCAUGUUGGACUUCAAAGGCCUCCUGGGACAUACAUGAAUUCUGGGCUACAUUUCUUUCUCCAGUGCCAGUGGAAAGGUGUGGUUCUGGUGGAUAAAUGCAGUAUUGAAAUUUAGCGCUAGUCUCACCUGGGCAAGUCAUGUACUCCGUUAUGGACCUGUAUGCUGUUUUUUUCCAUUAGAGCUCAUAGUUUAAACCACAGUUGCCUAUAAACUUAAGGUACAAUUGUAGAUUUACACUUACUCGCAUCUCAAUGGUACAGUUUCACAUUCAAUGUAAAAUCAUGUUCUUAAUAUAUUAACUUAUAGUUCCUUGUAUGUUCAAGUCAUUUUUAUAGCAAUAUACACAAUCCAGUGUUUUAAUCAAAGCUGUAGAAAGUGUAAAUAUCUAAAUUUGAGGAGCAUGAUGCUUUUUUAUAUUAUGAAACUGCUUUUAGGGAAUUUUGAAAUGCAUUGACAGCUUGGGAUGCAAUAUUUAUGUGUAAGCUUUUAAUGUUUAAGAAAAUGGCAGGAGGGUCCAAGUAACCAUGUCCCACAGAUGACACAGAGCCAAUUUGUUGAACAGAACAGUUUUGAACCUGCUGUAUUCAAAGCAAUACCCAUUGCUAGUUUGCAUGUGAAAUUGUUUUACUGUAAACUGUACCACUGGAAAGUGUCCAUGCUCCGGGCUACUUAUUUUAAAAAGCAUAAAGGAAAA